AUGAAAAGCUCAGUAUCCCCCUCCCUCGAAAACUUUAUUGUAGUCACCUGGCUCCAACUCCUCCAUCCAGACCUUCCACGUUUGGUUAAGCAAAGGUACGGUACAGAGCUCCGUUGCCGAACACUGGCCUCUAUAAAGCCUGAGAUAUCUCAAGCCCUCGACUCUUUGUUAGAGGAGCUACGCACCAGCGAAGAAGCCAAAGUUCUGCGCACAAUCCACCCAAGCUUUGGAAGACCACCCCGCAUCGACAACCGCCCACCUGCCUCCAACCGCCCAUACCCCUCAAAGAGCAAAACGACAUACAAGCCUCGUUCAAAUAAAUCCUGUGCACUAUGCCUCCAAGCUGGCCGCCCCGACUAUCGCUCCCACUUUUUAAGUACCUGCCAAUACCUGCCUGACUCAGAUCGUCAGUUUAUGGCCCGAGCACGCCAUGUUACAGAUAUCGAAGAUACCCAAGAGUAUGAAGAUAAUCAUCCCGAUGACAAUUAUCCACCUCCUCAGAGUAAUUGUGACUGCGAUCAUCCCAUCAACCAUCGCUCAGCUACCUGCCGUGUAAAUAUUACACAAUCUCCGUAUCUCCACGUCUUCUACAAUCAACACCCGCUUCGCCUUACUAUUGAUACUGGUGCAGAGACCAACAUGAUAAAGGCCUCCCUUGCCCAUUACAUCGGUUGCCCAAUAUCCAAGAGUUCACAACUUGCGUUACAAGCUGAUGGUCGUACUCCGCUCUCUAUUGUCGGCGAAACCCGCCUGUCAUUGUCCCGUAAUGGCAAGACCCUUACCCUCGAGGCUCUUGUUGUAGAAGACCUUGAUGUUGAUAUCCUCGCCGGAACACCUUUCAUGACCUGCAACGACAUUGCUGUCCGACCCGCAAAGCAUGAAAUUAUCAUCGCUGGUUCUGACAUUGUACCCUAUGGGUCCCCCAAUAGUUCCUUCAAAUACCAUGUUGUCAGAUAUUGUCAUGUAUUGCGUGCACCUCCUACGAACACCACUAUUUGGCCUGGUGGUUUCCUUGAGGUUGAUAUCCCUAUUGACUUUCCACCAGAUACCCAACUUGCUGUUGAGCCCCGGGUCGAUUCUACUUCGUGUCAAUCAAUGCAUGGCUCCAACCCGGUAUUCUUGAGUCUGUCGGCAGAAAACUUAGACUUGCCAAUUGUUCCACCGAGCCGAUCUUUAUUAAAAAGAACGACCACAUAUGCCAGGCUCGCCUCGUUACAAGCAGCUCCCCUCCACAAACGCAAGUGCCCAGCUCACCAGACCGUGGACCCCCACCCCUACCCCUACCACUCCACACUCCUGGAUAUCAUUCAGAGCAAGUUUCCGUAG